AUGGAGGAACCUAGUAUGUGUCGUUGUUGUGCCGAACAGGGCCUCCAUAAAAACUUAAAUACGAGAUAUACUUGGCUCAACACAUCUGAAAUUUAUGCCGAUAUGCUGAAAGAAUGCUUUAAUAUCGUUCUGUCAGUAUCGGACACUGGUUUAAGUGGCAUCUGUGAGACAUGCAUUGCAAGUCUCCGCAGCUCUCUGAUAUUCAAGCAACAGGUCCUUAUUACUGAGAAGGAGUUUCUCAACAAAGUCAAGGAUGUGACAGAAGAAAAAGAUGAAAAGCCAUUUGUAGUGAAAGAAGAACCUAAUAUGGAUAGCAGUGAUGAAUCUGAUGAUUACUUCUUGGCUGAUGCGGCUCGCGAAAUAGCAACAGAAAAGAUAAAGACAGAAAGUAAAGAAUCUCCUUUGAAGAAGAAGGUAGAAACAAGAAGAAGUAGAACUAAGCAUGUGAGCAAGAAGACUGGUCAGACAGAAAAGCCCUGGAGAGCGGAUAAGAUUAAAAGUUUAGUCUCUCGACUUGCUACAUCCAUUAAUUCAACAGAGAUGCCAGAUUUGAAGCCCCAGAAAAAGCGUACAGAAAUCAAAUCAAUAAAGAAAAUUAAAAUCUCCAAAGAUCCAUAUACGGAGAGCAAAGUCAAUCUAGUGUGGACAAAAAAUUGUAAUGACAAAUCUAAACAUAAAGAAAAUUUACUAACUAUAUUAAAAUUCUCUAACGCAAUACCAUUUAAGAAUAAAUCUCUACUUGGCUUUAUCUGCGGGUAUUGUGAGGCUUCGUAUCCUGAUCCCGUUGACCUGAGAAGACAUACUGAAAAUGAUCACCAAUCGGAGAGGCUGAACUUCAAAUCCAACUUUGACAUGACUGAAUAUAAUGUAAAGCUGGACAUAUCUGAUCUAUCCUGUACUCUAUGCGAUGAGAAAAUUAAUAAUUUAACGACUUUAAAAGAACACUUAGUCAAAAUACAUGAAAAAACAAUUUAUAACGAUAUUAAAGAUCAUAUCUUACAAUUUAAACUAAGAAAAGGCGAUGUGUAUGACUGUGCUUUAUGCACAUCUACAUACGAAACUUUCAAAAUGCUAAAACAACAUAUGAAUUUACACUAUAGCAACUAUACAUGCAACAAGUGUGAAACGUCAUUUGCAACAAAGAGAUCACUGAACGCACAUCGUACAACACAUCAAGAAGGCUCCUUUAAAUGUGAUCAUUGUGAUAAAAUCUUCCCAAGCAGAGCCAAGAAGCACUACCAUGAGAAAAUCAAACAUUUUGGUGCGAGAAAUAUAUCUAACUGUCCGUACUGUAACGAGCCAUUCCGUAGUUACUACCAACGGAAUCAACAUUUAGUCAAAGUACAUAACUCUGAGGCUCAAUACAAAUGUAAUGUGUGCAACAAGGCUUAUAUUUUGAAGAGUUUAUUAAUGUAUCAUAUAAAGAAAAGUCAUUUAAUGGAACGUAAUUGUCAGUGUACGGAGUGUGGUUACCGGUUCUUCAGUAAAAAGGCUUUGAAAGCCCACAUGGUGAAACAUACCGGUGAAAGAAUAUAUGCUUGUGAAGUUUGCCAUAAAUCUUAUGCAAGGAAGUACACAUUGCGGGAACACAUGAGAAUACAUAAUAAUGAUAGACGGUUCAAGUGUGAUGUGUGUAGUAUGACAUUUGUUCAAAAGUGCAGUUUAAAAAGUCAUUUGUUGUCAAAUCAUGGGAUUAGUAUGGCUGCCUCGGAUAUAACUUCGAAUCCUGUUGUUAAAUUACAAGACGGACAGUAG